AUGGAUUUCCAGGGAAAUAAAGUCCAUGCAACAUUAUAUGAUGGAAAUAUAAAUGCCUUCGAAGACCAGCUUGUAUUGAGCAAAACAUACAUUGUUUCAAAUGCUCUCGUGAAAGACACUAAACCUGAAUAUAAAGCUGCAAACGAACUUGGAAAUUACAUGGACUGCAACAAUGAUAUAAGCAUACUUGCGGUUGCCAUAGACAUGCGCCCAAAACAGAAAGAGUGCAUUACACUAGCAGAAAAAAUUGCCAACAAACCAGUUAUCUUAGCAAACAGGUUGAAAGUGUCAUCCUUUAAUGGUUUGACACUAUCAACUAAGAUCAAUAGCACCUUCUUUAUAGAUGGUGGGUUUAACCAAGUUGCUGAGUUUCGAGCAUGGGUAGAAGCACAUGCUGAAGAGUUGAAUGAAAUUACACUAGAGAAACCAUCUCUUGCAUUAACACCAACAAAAUUGUCUCCACCAAUGCACAAAAAAUUUACUCAAAUACACAAUAUUAAAGGCCGUUUACUUGGGCGUAAGUACUUUUGGAUCAAAGCAAAAUCAACCAUCUUAGCAAAAAAACAAGCAUUUUGGUACAUGUCUUGUAGUAACUGUAAUAAAGUAAGCCAUGCUGAAUUUGGUGAGACCUUCCCCUGUGUGUACUGCAAAUACCCUUCCUCAAAGGCUAUGCCGAGGGCAAAUACCAAUGUACAGUUAGAAGAUACCAGUGGAAUCUUAAUUGCAAGUGCAAUUGGCAGCCCUGCAGAGACAUUGUUGAAGUGUGAUGCUGAGACUUUGAUGAAAAGUUCUAAUUCAGGAUGUGAUCCAAACAUUGAUAAAUUCGUUGAAAUGGAUCCUGAGGAACACCUAUUUUAUGUUAAAAGGAAGUUCAAUGCACUUGCAAUUAAAAGGUUGAAGGAGAUACAAUGCUACACAGAUGUUAGGCAUACUCAGAAAUUACCCGUCAGAGGACAAAGGACAAAAGACAAUUGUAGGACCUUGAAGGGAAAGAAAGUUGCAAUUCCUCGAAAGAAGAAACGUUAG